AAGCGGGGCGGGGACGCGGAGGCGUUGGGGAGCGAGGGAGGGCGCGGCCAGCUCCCGGAGGGACGGCGGGCCGAGAGCACCGCCGCCCGGCCUGGCGCCGCGCCUGAGCCCGCCGGACGGGAGGCGGCCCAGCCGCGGGCUCGGCCUCGGCCCCGGCCCCGCCAGCAUGGCCGGCCGGACCGUGCGGGCUGAGACCCGGAGCCGGGCCAAGGAUGACAUCAAGAAGGUGAUGGCGACCAUCGAGAAGGUCCGGAGAUGGGAGAAGCGCUGGGUGACUGUGGGCGACACGUCCCUUCGUAUCUUCAAGUGGGUGCCAGUGGUGGACCCCCAGGAGGAGGAGCGCCGGAGGGCAGGUGGCGGGGCAGAGAGAUCCCGAGGCCGGGAGCGUCGGGGUCGGGGUGCCAGCCCCCGAGGCGGUGGUCCUCUCAUUCUGCUUGAUCUCAAUGAUGAGAACAGUAACCAGAGUUUCCAUUCGGAAGGCUCCCUGCAAAAGGGCACUGAGCCCAGCCCUGGCGGCACCCCGCAGCCCAGCCGCCCCGCAUCACCCUCCGGACCACCAGAAGGGGUCCCGGAGGACGCUCAGCCUCCACGGCUAGGUCAGGAGAGAGAUCCCGGGGGUGUCACUGCAGGCGGCACCGAUGAACCCCCAAUGCUGACCAAGGAGGAGCCUGUCCCAGAGUUGCUGGAGGCUGAGGCCCCCGAAGCUUACCCUGUCUUUGAGCCAGUGCCACCUGUCCCCGAGGCAGCCCAGGGUGACACAGAGGACUCGGAGGGCACCCCCCCACUCAAGCGCAUCUGCCCCAAUGCCCCCGACCCCUGAGAAGCUGGUCUGUCUUUCCUGUUGCUCCAGGGGCCCCUUUGAUUUUUUACAAAUAAAGACCCUUUUGUAA